AUGAGCACGCGAGCAUCGGAACUGGACCUUGGAGCAAUCAUCUUCUACGAGGACAAAAACUUCCAGGGUCGGUCCUAUGAGACCAGCAGCGACUGCCCUGAGCUGACCUCCUACCUGAGCCGUUGCAACUCCUGCAGGGUGGAGAGCGGCUGCUUCAUGGUCUAUGAGAGGCCCAAUUUCAUGGGUCACCAGAUGCUGGUGAGGAGAGGAGAGUACCCCGACAACCAGCGCCUGAUGGGCAUGACCAUGAGUGACUGCAUCCGCUCUUGCCGUAUGAUCCCCAUGCACAGAGGACAGUUCAGGAUGAGGAUCUACGAGAGGGAGAACUUCUCCGGCCAGAUGCACGAGCUGAUGGAUGACUGUGACUCCAUCCAGGACCGUUUCCGCAUGUCUGACUGCCAGUCCUGCAACGUGAUGGACGGCCACUGGCUCAUGUACGAGCAGUCCCACUUCAGAGGCAGGAUGAUCUACCUGAGGCCUGGAGAGUACAGGAGCAUGAGAGACAUGGGCAUGGGUCCCAUGGAUAUGAGGAUUGGCUCCAUCCGUCGCAUCAUGGAGUCUUGUUAG